AUGGAAGUAAUUGAACCAGAAAAAGAAAGCACAGGAAAGAAACGGCGUUGUGAUAUAUGUCAAAAGGAAAUAACACAUAUGAAAAAACAUGUGAUGACUCAUACCGGUGAAAAGCCGUAUAGUUGUCCAGUAUGCAAGAGAAAUUUCACUCAAUCCUGCCAUAUAAAAAAUCAUAUGAUGACUCAUACUGGUGAAAAGCCGUAUAGUUGUUCGAUAUGCAAAAAGAAUUUUAUUCAGUCCAGCAGUAUGAAAGCACAUAUGGUGGUUCAUACCGGUGAGAAGCCGUACAGUUGUUCCAUAUGCAAAAAGAAUUUCGCUGAUCUCUGUAAUAUGAAAAGGCAUAAGAAGACUCAUACCGGUGAAAAGCCGUAUAGUUGUUCAGUAUGCAAGAGAAAUUUCACUCAAUCCUGCCAUAUAAAAAAUCAUAUGAUGACUCAUACUGGUGAAAAACCUCAUAGUUGUCCACUAUGCAAGAGAAAUUUCACUCAGUUCGGGGAUAUGAAAAAACAUGUGAUGAUUCAUACUGGUGAAAAGCCGUACAGUUGUUCGAUAUGCAAAAAGAAUUUUAUUCAGUCCAGCAGUAUGAAAUCACAUAUGAUGAUUCAUACCAGUGAAAAGCCGCACAGUUGUUCGAUAUGCAAAAGGAAUUUCGGUGAUCUCCGUAAUAUGAAAAGACAUAUGACGAAUCAUGCUGGUGAAAAGCCGUACAGUUGUUCGAUAUGCAAAAAGAAUUUCACUCGGUCUGACAGUAUGAAAUCACAUAUGAUGAUUCAUACGGGUGAAAGCCGUAUAGUUGUUUGA